AAUACAUCAGACCGAACUUUCCUCCUUAAAAGAAUCAUCAAAAACAAUAAAAACAACUUUCAAAAUGAGUAUACGCAUGCUUCUCGCAGGCCUAGCCUUUGGUCAAACACUCGGCCUCAAGGCCCAAGUCCCCUUAUUCGAAUCAUGCGCCGCAAGCCCGCUUCUACCAGACUCUCAACUCGCCUGCAGUAAGCCUACAAUCCUCGCUUCUGGAGGACCGCCUGUCCUUGACAAUGUCGCCGGAAAUAGGACAGGAAAGGGACCCAAGAAGGACAUUUGGCGUUCGGACGAAGGCUGGCAAGGCCCUCACUCUUGCGCGGGGGCUUACUGCGCCUACUCACGACCGUCUUUCGCCAAUGGCCGCGGGAUCGUCCUCGUAAGCACGGCGUACAACGCCGAGGAGGCGUCUCAUCUUGCCGCUUUUGCAAAGGAGUCGAUCAAGGGCGAGGGUGACAGUGAGCUGUUCCGCGUGGUUGAGAUGCCCGGCAAGGGGCUGGGUGUGAUUGCGAACCAGCAUAUCCGGCGCGGGCAGCGGAUUAUGGCUCAUCCGCCGGCGGUUGUUGUGCAUCGGAGGUUUGUUGAUGAUAUUGAUCUGGAAAACCAGUAUCGUCUGCUUGAUGUUGCCGCCGGUAAGCUUCCUAUCGAUACCCGAAAGGCUUUCAUGGCGCAGAUGGGUCAGUCUCGCGAGCAUCAGUCUACGGGGCAGAAGGUACACGAUAUCAUGCACACCAACUCAUUUGAGUUGGGCCUUGGGAUUAGAGAUGGUCAUCACUUUGGCAACUACCCAGAGGUCUCGCGUUACAACCACGAUUGUAGGCCCAACGUCGCCUUCUACAUCGAUGAAUCAGAUAUGCGGCACUACACACACGCCAUAAAAGACAUUCAGCCCGGCGAGGAACUUACAAUCUCCUACGUCGACUCCCUCAGCUCCCGCGCCGUUCGCCAAGAUCGAGCCCAGCGCAACUGGGGCUUCGGAUGCACCUGCCAGCAAUGCAGUCUCUCAGAGGCCUUUAUCCGCUCCUCUGAUCAACGCCUGGGCAAAAUGUGGCAGAUCGAGCAGCAAAUGAGCCACUGGAAUGGCGCGAAGGUCGACGAGGAGACGAUUGAGGAACUAAUUUCCCUCUAUCGACAGGAGCAACUGGAUCAGUCUCACGGGUCCGAUGCGUUUAGACUUGCUGCGCUGAAUUACAACUCCUUGGGCAUGGAGAAGGAGGCGCUCGAGUAUGCAAAGCUUGCUGAAGAGCAGUUUUUGCUGGAGAAGGGGCCGCGGGUGAAGCAAGUUCAGGAUAUGAGAGACUUGUUGCGGGAUCCGAAGGAGCACUAUAGUUGGCGGCAAAGAGUGUGAUUGAUGCUGAAAAUGGGGCUUCUUUUCUACUCAAGUUUGUAUGUGUUGGCAUCCCUAUCACAGGGUAGUUGGUUCGAACCGUGGGUUGACGAAGAGGUCAAUUGAUCUAUAUUAACUUCUGCGUAAGGGUAUAAAAGGGAGGUUCCAAC